CAUCGGGAUGAGGCACCGGUGGUAAAACCUGAACAUUUUAAACUUCACAACAAACUUUGAAACAAGGUUGUAUAUGGCUGCGGUACGCACGACAGACACUCAAGCGUGUCUCAUAACGAGGCACUAAAGGUCUGGGUCCAAAUGUAAUGGCCACACUUUGGACAAGGUCGCUUCUUUCCAUGUUGUUGGCCAACCUGCUAAAUUGUCUUGCUCAAGGUCCUCCUGUUGCUCCCUCUCCUCCUGAGUGCUCUAUCCCAUGUGGUGAGAAAAACAAUUGCGUAGAUAUCCACUGUAAUCCCGGGCUGGACCCUCGGAACUCCACAGAGUACAGCCUGCACUGGGAGCCAGCAGAUAGCGAGGAGAGGCAGGGGAUCAGUGCUAACACUUCGGAUUGGAUUAUCUAUCGCGAACAAUACAACCACGGGAAACUUCGUGUUUGGGUCCAGGCUAAGAACCAGUAUGGUUCUGCUAAAUCUCCAUACUCAAUACUCAAUACUGAAAAUAUCCGCAAGCUGCCCCCUCCAAAAGUUGCAUCGCAUCAAGAGUCCUUCAAAAUUGACUGGACUUUCACCUGUGAUGAGCAGCUCUCUUUGAGACAUUGUGAUGUCCGAUAUCGGACCGAGGCAGAACAAGACUGGCAUGAGGAUGAGGAUGAGAAUGAUCUCAGCUAUACAAUGGACGAUCCCCAGCCCAGCACUGUCUAUGAACUUCAAGUUUGUUGUUCCUGUGGCAAAGGCUUGAAGAGCGACUGGAGUGCAAUCCAGAGAUUACGAAGCACAGAGACCGCCCCUGUUGGAGUGCUGGAUCUAUGGCAGGACUGUGGCAUAACUCAGCAAGGCUCUGUCUGUGCUUUGACCUGGAAGAAACUUCCUCCGACUUGUGGUCUAAUUCUGGGAUAUGAAGCCAGACUGUCUUACAACGGCACUCUGGUGUUCCUGAAUGUGUCUACAGCUGAGCCAAAGGGCUUAUUGGUGUGUGAGGAGAUACAAUGCCACCUCACGUCCUCUCUAAAGGACGUAUCCUCAGUCAGUGUAUCUGCCUACAAUGCUCAGGGGGCCACGGUGCCGUCUUACCUCACUUUGCCGAUACCAGGUAAAGAGAAAACAUAUCAAGCUAUUCACGUUGAGAUGAAUGAAGAGAAUCUCACUGUAUCCUGGGAUUCACCCUCUCAGCCCUCAGACAACCUGAAGGAACAUGUGGUGCAAUACAAACAAGCUGGCUGUCCUCCAGGCCAAGGAUUUGAUUGGGUCAAAGCUACCACAAACCAAACAACAGCCCUUUUUAAAGGUCAAUAUAAAAAGUACACCCCGUACCAAGUGUCACUGUUCACUUUAUCACAUGGCAGUGAAGUCCAUCACAUUUCAUCCGUUAUUCGAUAUUCACUUGAAGGAUCCCCCUCCGCAGUGCCAUCAUUUAAGGUGUUCUCGAUUGCUGCCACUCAAGUGACCUUGUUUUGGGAGUCUGUUCCUCUAUCCAAACAGCGUGGGGUGAUCCUGCACUACCAAAUAUUUGUAUACAGUGGAGUACACAUACAAACCGUGCACAAUGCGAGUGCAUCUCCACAGCAUAAAAAUACUUAUAAGCUGGAGAAUCUCACUCCAGAGCAGGACUAUGAGGUGCGAAUAAGAGCCGUGACGGCAGCCGGGCCCGGAGCAAAUGCCACCGCAAAGUUCAAAACAAAACACCGUGAAGAUUACGGUAUUGCUUCACAUCUCAAUUAUUUUUAUUUUUUAAUGUGAUUAGCCAUUUUGAGAGGUGUCAUUUGAUUAUUCUUAAACCAUAACAGG